AUGCCGACAAAACCCCUCGAUGAAGAUACGCAGCUCAUCACCGCCACGGGUACCAACACUCCCCUCGACCUCGGUACAGGAAAAGGCAGGAUAGCCGUAGACAUGGACGAUGUGCUCUGCCAAACCAACGUGACUAUCGUCAACAGCAAGUCCUUAUCCUCUCCGGGCAUCUUUGGUACACAACCGCCCUUGACCCUAGACGAUUUUCAGAAUUACCUAUACUGGAUGAACCGUGGAUGGGGAAACCCUGAAGAGACUAUCGCCAUGGUCACGAAGCUUUAUGCCGAAGGACUGUAUAUGAAGGCGCCGCCUGUGGAAGGGGCGAAGGAGGCGUUGAAGAGGCUGAAAGAUCUGGGUUAUAGUCUGGUGAUCAUCACAGCUAGAUCAGAGGGUCAACGAGAAGGUACCGAAGAGUGGCUCACCACCUACCUCCCCGAUAUCUUUGACGAAAUACAUUUUACCGGCGCUUUCCAGGACCUCGAGCCUACCAAGAAGGAGCACGAAGGGCACGCUACUAAGAAGGCUAUCGUAUCGCACAAAAAGCGGAGCAAAGCUGAGAUCGUUUACAACACCCAAUCCCUCUUCCUCAUCGACGACUCUGCCGAAAACGCCUACGACACCGCCAUCGCAAACUUCCCCCAUCCCCAACCUACAAAGGUCCUUCUCUUCGGCAACUAUCCCUGGAACGCCAUCGUCCACACACCCGAAACGACACUCCCCGUGGAAAAGAUUACAUUUGUGGCAAAGCAAGAGCAGGGGUUGUUGGAGGAGGCGGAGAGGGUGAGGAGGGGGAAAAUUGAAGAGGGGUGGUUGCCGGAGGGGGUGGAGAGGGUUGGGGACUGGGGAGAGGUGGUGCGGUGGGUGGAAGGGUUUGAGAGCCGAGGUGGGGCUGGGGGGAGGGUUUAG